GACGACCUGCUCAAGGUCACUGGCGUUAUGCAGGGCCCACUAAAGCACAAGGUGGUGGCAGGCAUCGUCCUGUCGUUCUACGUGGUUCAGAGCUUGGCCCGCGACAUCAUUGAGGCACUCGAAAAGUCCAACAUCUACCUCGACCAGUCAUCAGACGAAGCACAGCGCUUGUUGAGAGAGCUUGACGCGCAAUGCAAUCCCGGUUACGCAGCAUCUAAACUAUCGCUACAGCGACCCGAUGUACGCGGAAGAUGGACUAAUGGCUGACCGCAACAACUCUGACGUGUCCAUGCCGAGCGUGUUUGCCGAUAUGGGCCUGCACCCGAUCCGGGUAGAUGGCAGCAUGGGCACAGGCUACUCGGACAUCUACCAGCGGUACAGAGACCGGAUGCGUCGGCCAGGUGGCGGCGGCCCCAGCCUACCGGCCAACCUGCGCGUCGAACGGCCCGGCGGUGGCACUGAUGGAGACCCAAAGGUGCGGCUGCGCAAUAUCAAAUCGACAUUUGUCACACUGCUGGAUCUGCCAGAGAGCACUCAGCCACGCCAGGUCCUGACGCUGUUGAAGCGCCACCAGAAGCAAGCACUCUAUUUCAUGGAGCACCGCGAAACCCACGGCGUUGAUAUCGGGUCACUGGAGCCUGCACCUGCAGAAAAGCACAAGUUCCCCAAGCUCUGGAUGCCGAUCGCCGGGACAUUGGAGAGAACCGGACAGCAGCACUAUAAGAACGUGCUGACGCAUAUCAAGUGUCUGGAGAUGCCCAAGUCGGUGCUUGGCGGCAUCCUGGCCGACGAUAUGGGCCUUGGAAAGACGCUUUCGAUUAUCUCCCUGGUUCUCAAGCUGCCAAGCCAGCUGAAGCGGUGCCACCGCAUGAAGUUCAUUGACGAUGGUGGCAGUCAGACACAGACGUCGAGUAGCGGAAUGAGCAGACGGAAGCGGCAACGGCAGCGUGGUCGUGCUAGGAUUGCAGGUGGGCGAUCGGCGAAGCAACAGAGAGCCAUACGAUCGGCCAAAGGCAAGGAGCCCGAUCGCGGCGAAGGCGACGGGAAUGACAGCGACGAUUUCUUGAGCAUGGAUGGACCGACCCUGGCAGGCCGUGGGCAAAGUUACGACCUGCUAUCGGAUUCCGAGGAAGAGGGCUUUGUUGCUGACCCCCUGCUGCUGCCACCGCGCAAAUCUGGCCUCAUAAACCACAAUGCUGGCUCAAGCUCCGACGCAGGCGGCUCGUCCGAUCUCUCUGACAUACCGACACCCGACGCAGACUUUGAUUACCGCGACGACAUUAGCUCGUUUAGCGAGUCGCCUAAUGAGGAUCCGGAUUCGGACUCGGGCAGCGACAGCGACCUGUCUGUGAAUCGCCCGAUGACACCGCCGCCAGAGUACGAGAACAUGAUGACCAAGAAGAAGGAGCAGUGCGAGCGCACAUUUGACGAGAACUACCACGGCCGGUACGCAGGUGGCACGCUGAUUGUCUGCCCGCUGUCCACCAUGGCCAACUGGGAGGAGCAGCUAGCCCUGCAUGUUCUGCCAGGAAACUUGCGUGUGCUGUCCUACCACGGCAGCAGGCGGGUGCGCAAUCCCAAAGCGUCUGUGUCAGUACGAUAUUGUCCUGACUACCUACGAUGUUUUGCGCAGUGAGUACACCACGGAGACCAAACAAAUGGUUGCCGUGACCACUGACGACGACCCGCAAGCAUCACGGGUGUUUGAUGACAGCACAAGUGAGGAGACU